AGUGAAAUCCCCAGUUUGUUUUUACUCAACAUGGCGCCGAAGUUGACGAAGCUUUGACAGCCCGUUUGAACUUUAUUGAGCUUUUUAUUGAUAUUUAUGUUUAGUUUUACAUGACGAUGUAUACUUUACCGCAUUUUUGCCGUGUUUGCCUCAAAUACGAUAAGAAUCUCAUCGAUUUAGAACACAUAGAAAACGAGCCGAAUGAAACUUUAAUGAGCAAACUUCAGUACUGUGUAUCUGGAGUGGAGUGGAACCUCUUCAAACCUUUAUUAUGUCAUCCUUGUAUAAAGCGCUUGAACAUCACGUACAAUUUCAAAAAACAAUGCCUCCAGUCAGCUUCAGUGUUGAAAAGUUACGUGAGUCUGGUUACAAAAAGCAACGGAGAAAACGAGCAACCUGAGGGGGUCACAGUCGUCGACCCUUCCCAGUCAAACGCUUACAUGAUGCUCCCCAACCAGAAAUACAUCAAAAUCGUGGUAGGACCCCAGACACAAAACACGUUCCAGAAUGUUUUCCUCAAUGUUGUGCCAACAACAACCAUCAGCCCGGUCCCCAUCGAUAACAAGGACACAAACCAAAACGUUUUCCUUAAUAUCAACAACACGUUUCAAAGAUACGUCCCCACAAUAGAAAACCAAGUGGCGAAUCUCAACGUCAGCCAGUUGUUCACGGAGAGCAAAAGCGAAGAGCUUAGCGUUGAAAUCGACCCAACUGACUUUGGUCUCGGCGACGAGGGCAACUCAGAGACUGAAGAAGAUCCCGAAAACGGGAUUAACGACUGGGAAGACGUCAUUUCCGCCAUGAAGAUUGCCUCUCGCUCCAACGGGGCCACCUCUAACGGCAAGCACCUCGACCCUGCCAAGACCACCUUCGGCACUUACGUUCCUAUUCUCCCAAAGCAGACCGACGAGAAAAUGGACUUUAGCAAUUCCGGAGAGCAUUUUCUGUCCCCACAGCUCUACUCCCCCCUCGACUUCAACUGCGAGACUUGUCAGAAACCGUUUACCUCCCGGCUGGGCCUCAGAUUCCACAUCAAAAAUUUCCACAUGGGGAAAUACCCCUUCAAGUGUGACUAUUGCAGGAACGAGUAUAUGUGCCGUGUGGAAUAUGAGGCCUGCAUGAAAUACCACAAAUCCGAAUCGGACUCGCUCACUUUGAACGACUUCAAAGACACCUCGCUGGAGCCAGACAAGGGGGCCACGACUGAAUCCGAAGCCAAACCAGACCUGACUGACCUAGUUUGCGACAUUUGCCAUAGACAAUUCAACAGCCCCUCGGGCCUGCUGAGACACAAAGUCCGCAAACACAACCAGAAAAGCAAGAAGAAGUAUUUCAUCAAAGGGAUGAAAAAUGCCAAAUGUGAUAUUUGCAAUCGGGAGUUUUCGACGCAGAGUUACAUGCAGUUGCACAGAAAAUUGCACCUGAGGGAUGACGUCGGCUAUAAAUAUAAAGUUUUCGGAAGGACGAGAUACCUACAAGAGAAGAAAGCGGAGGAAAGCGAGCAAAAAUCGGACAAUCAAGACACUAGCAAUAAAGAGGGGGAAGCUGAAGUGAAGAAAGAAGAAGAGUCGAAUUCGGAUGAGGAAAAUUGAGCCUUAUUUUAUAUCAACUUUUGAUAAGGCACUCGAAUUUUAUUUUUUACCGAGAGUAUUUUAAGGUUCCUCUUAGCCUCAAACACCAAUCAGAAUCAAAAUAGUACUUGCAAUACUUGUGUUCUCAAGCACAAACCUUGGUGUUUAUUUAUUUCAACAUCUUGAUUUUUAUAUUGAUUUGUACAUACACAUGUAUUCCCUUUUUUAGUUAUAGGUAGGUGCGUUUUAUUUUACUGUUUUCUGAACUGAUUCUUACGUAAAAACCAAAAACGACUAUUGUAUGCAAACUUUAUGAUAAGCUUCUAGGAUUAUUUUUUAUAUAUAUUUGUUAAGCUUCAAAACUCAUUGUCACACAUAAAAUACUUACGACCCACUGAGGCAUGUUUUUGGCGAGUCGCAAGCGCGUAGAUGGGUUGGAUAUGGCCAUGGGCCUCCAUUUGUUAUCGUUUUUAUUCUGAAAAGUAGAAUAAGUUGUCAUUAGUUUUAUUUAUUUCGUAUCAUUUGUAUUUUAUAUUAUGAUAAUCACAAUAAAUAUUUUUUGACAAAAA